AUGGCAUCUCUUCACCCUUACCAGUCUCUGCCCAUUGAUGAGCGAGUCAAGAGAGUACUAGCAAAAACACCUCUCAUAGACGGCCACAAUGACCUACCCCAACAACCAAGAGCAUGUUUCCAUGGUAAAAUACACAACAAUGAGAAAUUCGAUUUAGAAAAGGGCUUUGAACGAGGAAUGACGGAUAUCCCUCGUCUCAAACAAGGCGCUGUCGGAGGUCAGUUUUGGUCUGUAUGUGUACCAUGUCUCCGCUCCGCCGAGGACUUUACAACACCUGAAUACUCCGACAUGGCCCGUGAUGCCAUUGAACAGAUUGAUUUGACGUUAAGGCUUGUAGAGUCUUACCCCGAGACUUUCCAGUUAGUCAGUGGUCCUUCAGAGGUCAAGGAUGUGUAUGCAAGUGGUCGUAUCGCCUGUUCUAUUGGUAUCGAGGGAUUGCAUAUGGCUGGGAACAGUAUUGGCAUUAUAAGAGCGUUUUACAGAUUAGGUGUCAGAUACUGUACUCUGACCCAUGUUUGCAACAAUGCUUUUGCAGAUAGCUCAACAUCCAAAGUUGGUCCUGUCCACGGAGGUCUAUCUGAUCUUGGAAGAGCAGCAGUAGUCGAGAUGAACAGACUCGGCAUGAUCGUGGACAUCUCCCACGUAUCCGAAGACUGUGCCGAGCAAGUCCUCGCCCUCUCCCGCGCCCCAAUAAUGUUCUCCCACUCCAACGCAAAAGGCGUCUUCGACUGUCCCCGUAAUGUCCUAGACCAUAUCCUAGACAAAGUCCCUUCCAACGGCGGCAUCGUCAUGGUAACUUUCGUCCCAGAGCACUGCACAGCACGACGAUCAGAUGCAAAGAUGGAAAUGGUAAUCGAUCACUUAUUCUACAUCGCAAACCGUAUUGGCUGGGACCACGUCGGUCUUGGAUCGGAUUUUGACGGAAUUGCGAGUGUUAUCCCUGGUCUUGAAGAUGUUAAAUGUUAUCCGCAUUUGUUAAAGGCGAUUCUCGAUAGGGGUGCUACUGAGGAGCAGUUGGCAAAGGUUGUAGGGGAGAAUAUUCUUAGGGUUUGGGGUGGGGUUGAGAAAGUGAGGGACGAGAUGAAGAAAGAGGGAGUUCUUCCCGUGGAAGAUGUGUUUAAGGAUCGGAAGUGGUGGCGGUAUGAUGGGUUUUACCAGAUGGAGGAUCCGGAUCCUGAGGAUAAGUUGGGACUUGAUUGGUAUGGGGUACCUCCACCAGAUGAGGGUCUGUAUCUGGAUGAAUAA